AUGGAUGCAGAAUCUCCUUCUGGUCCAGUAUCAACGAACAGUAUUCUGGUGAAUAUGGUGGAAAAUGUUGAUGCAGAUGAGAGGGAUGAGAAAAUCUUGCUGGAUAAAAUCAAAACGGAAAUCCCGGAUGAAGACUCAUGUCAGUAUUCAUCGAUCAAAGCUACAGCGUCAUGUUCCAAUGCACUUAUUAACUUGUUGGUGAGCAGCAAAAAUCGGACUGUGGAGGAAAACAGGCCCAGCAGUUCGGUGAAAAGAAACGCUUCAGGAUGGCGUACACUUACUGUACGGGAAUUGCUCGGUUUGGGUUCGGUGAGGCGACAAAAAGCAAAAUGCAGUUUACGCUUUCAGUGUCAGUCGUCAGGUACCCUUUUUUUGGUUGGGGUUUGGGCCAAAACUGUUUAG